AUUCUAGGGUUGCGUUCGAAAAUCUACUUGUCGGGUGGAGUAGCGUUCCGAUUGACCAAUCAGAAUAAAAAGAUUUCUUUGUUUCUAUUGGUCAAGCAGACGCUACUUCACUCAACGAGUAGGAUUUUCGAACGCACUCCAAAGGCGCGCUAAAUUUAACAGACACGUUUGCUACUGUAAUUACUUGAGAUUUCUUUUGACAUUUCAAUCAACAAGAUAUUGACAUUAUGAAAGAAACUCGAUAAGGCGACAAUUGUCAAUUUAUUGCAUUACUUAGGCUGACGGAUAUUUUAGUUUUGCAAAAUUAUAUACAAGAAUAAAGUUUUGCAACAAUUGCUUUGUAGGUUGUAAUAAUAUUUCAUGUCAUUACCAAAAUGUAUUUGUGUCAAAGACUGUAACGGUCUUUCGUUAUUAUUAUGAUAGAUAUUAGCAACGAAUUUUAUAAUAAGUUUUUUAUUAAUUUAGUGUCAAGCGCAUUUGUAUCUAUCGGUCCAAAGAAAAAAAAAAAGAUAAAACAUACCAGACGUCUUUGCUCGACCUUUUCUAAGCUAAAUUGUUGCACAUCUCGAAAGAGGGGACAAAUACACGCCGGACCAUCAGCCUAAUUUUAGAAUUCGUCACAUUCGGCUCUCUCCAUUCCGCGCAGACACAAGCGGGUCCCGUAGAUGUUAUAUUAAAUAUACAAUCUGUCCCGAUAACAAUUACAGAAUGUCUUUGACGAAGAACGGAAACGUCUCACUCGAUGAAUUUCAUCAUGCCAUAUACGACGAAAUCGUCUCGCAAGAGCCAUUUGUGACUCGGUUCGCAAAAUUGUCCACAUCGGGCAAUAGGCGAGGAAUGGUCGAGAUGCUUGUAGACAUGCCCUAUGUAGCGGGCCUGAAACCGAGCGCUUUGUAUCAGGGUAAGAACGACGCACAGGCCGCACGGUUGUACGAGAGAUCGCUCAAGGCGAUGGCAGCUGAAUCUGGGGACGAACACGCGGAGGAAAUUAGAACGUGUAAUAUUCUCACGAAAGCACUGUUUGCGGCCGGUGCGAACGGUAGAGUGUUCCUAGAUGCGCUCUGCGAGAGCGCCAGGCGUUCCUACUAUCUGAACGCUUACGCGAGCUGUCUGCGAUACUGCGAGUGCAUGCUGGCGCUUCCUACGAGUUUCUAUGACGACUCCGAGGAGAAUGUCAGGUACUUUGUGCAGCGUAGAAAGGAAUGCCUGCAGCUAGAACGAGAGUGCUCCCGGAAAUUGGAGAGAAACGCGUCCAGAAAACGGGGCGAAAAGAAGUCUUCUUUCUCUUCCUCCUCAUCCUCUUCUUUGUCGCUUGGGAAACGCGCCGCCGUAACGCCCGCCGUCGACGGCAAGCCGCACGACUGCUUCACGAGUUGUCCGGAUAGCGUCGAGCUGCGUUUCGACGGGGCUAGGGGCCGGCACCUCGUGGCUACAAGAGACAUCAGACCGGGGGCUGUACUCAUUGUCGAUCGGCCGUUUUCCUUUAGCACGGACGCACCGGCUCUCGGCAGGAAUUGCUUGCAUUGCCAUGCCACACUUAAAUUAGAAGACAGCGUUAAAAUCCCGUGCCGUAAUUGCCAAAGAGUAUCUUUUUGCACAGAAACGUGUCGCAAGAAAGCGUGGGAGAUUUAUCACCAGUACGAGUGCUCGGUAUUUGAUUAUUUCUUCGAAAAUUCGUCAAACGACAGAUGCCAGAAAACGUCUCACCUCUUGUUAGCCUAUCGCACGACAGUUGUACAAGCGUUAUCGCCGCGAAAUAGUGCGGAAACGGGGCAUAUUUUGAAUCCUGAUUUCUUACAAUAUCAUGCUAGUAAAAGUAUCGACGAGAACAUCAGUAAAGAAUACACGAAAUCAGUAUCGACACAGACGUAUAAUCCUCUUGAUUACCGAACGGUAUUCCAAUUGGAGACUCAUUGUGCCGAUGUGGAACCUAACGUGAAUCUCAUUCGCACUAUUCAGGCGAUCUUCCUCGCGAAAUGCUUGAUCUCCGUUCUGAGCAAACUAGAUAUCAUCUGUACAAAGGAAACGUUUAUUCCAUUGGCUGUGGCUAUGCUGCAUCAUUUGCAGGCAAUUAAUUGCAACGCAUACGAGAUUGUUGAGAACGUUCACGAGGAAACGACGCGCGUUUGGGAACCCAGAAAUAUCGGUGGCGCGAUUUAUACCACAGUCAGUCUAGUGAAUCAUAGCUGUUAUCCCAAUGUGGUUCGUCAUUCUUAUCCCAAUGGAAUAGUCGUAGUCAGAGCACUGCGUUUUAUCGGCAAAGGAUGCGAGAUACUCGAUUGCUAUGGGCCUCAAUUUCUUAGCGAGAUCAGAUUGACUAGACGCGAACUCUUAUGGAAGAAAUAUCGAUUUCUAUGCGAGUGUGACGCUUGCACGCAAAAUUGGAAAUUUCCACUGCCCGAGACAAUGUAUUACAAAUGUACAGCGUGUUCCGGACCAACAGAUAUCUCAGUGGUAAAUGCGAACGUUUCGCAGAAAGUGGCAAAUCAACAAUGUACUAAAUGUCAAAAAAUGAUCGAUCUAAAAAAGCUCGAGAAACAACUUCGUAAAUCGAUUCAAAAGAGAUUGAACGCUGUCGCUAAAAUGUAUCAGGGGAAUUACAAAGAUGCGAUCCCUUUGCUAUAUGAACACGCAUACUUUGUCAAUAAACACUUGGUUGAACCUAAUAUCGAAGGUAUCAAAACAGAACAGUGUAUCGUCCAAUGUUACAAUUCUUUCGGCUUAAUCUCUGUAUAAUAAUUUCCGUGUCUGCUUAUAACACAUAUAAUCAUUUAUAAAUAGUUUAUUUUAAAAACUACUAUAAAUGAUUGUUAUUUAAAUAUAGUAGUGAAAUAGAGUUAUUUAAUUUUGUUGUUGUCAGCUUUCCCCUUUUUACACAGUUUUGUAAAAAGACGCGACGUAUAUAAUUCGCAUAAGAGUAUACUUUCAGCUAUUUUAGAAAAGAUUUAUAAACAUAGAAAAACAGAAAAUGUUCACGGCACAAUGUACUUCAUUCUUAAGUGCAUUAUCAUUAACAAUGCAAGGCAAUGCAAGAUUAGAUUAAAUGAUGAAGAAGCAUAUAACUCCGUGUAAUAAAAACAUAACAAAAAAAAAAAAAAAAAAAAAAAAAAAAAAAAAAAAAAAAAAAUAAAACAAAAAAA